AGAGAUGCAUAAGGGAAGUGGAGAGUGAAGUAAGGAGAAUGGAAGAGCAUGGAUGUUUCUGGAAAAGCUUACAUUCCAACUUCUUUCACAACUCACAACCUUACCUCCUUAGCAUCUUCGCUAGUGUGUGCUAUGCGGGCUUGAAUUAUGCAUCUAUGGUCUCGCUCGACAAAGGGAUGAGCGCAUAUGUGCUUGUAGCGUAUGGAGAUGGCAUAGGAACGCUCGUCACAGCUGCCUUUGCGCUUGCCUUCGAGAGGAUUAAUAGGCCCAAAAUGAAUCUGCUGAUUUUGGUGGAAGUCUUUCUAUUGGGUCUUCUGGGAGCUGUGCUUGCUAGGACAUUGUAUUAUACUGGACUAGAACGUACUUCAUCGACAUAUGCAUCUGUCAUGUCCAACUUAUUUCCCGCCAUGACCUUCUUGUUGGCAAUCAUCUUCAGGAUGGAGAAAUUAGAGAAGGGGAAGAUAACAAGCCAGGCAAAGGUGGUGGGAACGGUGGUGGCCUUAGGAGGGGCCAUGCUCAUGACCUUAUACAAGGGAAUUAUCGUUAUUUCAAUGCCAUCCAGACACCCUCAUCGUUCUACGGCACCGAUGGCAUCAUCAUCUGUGGACAAGGAUUGGAUCAACGGCUCCCUCAUGCUCAUCGCCAGUGCUCUCACACGUUCCGGUUCCUCCGUUUUGCAGGCUAGGACGAUUAAGAAAUACGCAGCUCCCAUCUCUCUCACAUGCUUGACAUGCUUAUUUGGGACAUUCCAAGCAACGGUUUUGACGUUUGCUAUAGAGCGCAAAGCUUCAGUUUGGAAAUUGGGCUGGGAUCUUAGGCUCCUCUCCAUCGGUUACAGUGGUAUCAUGGUGUUUGGAGUUGCGACCUACAUCCAACUUCUGGUCAUUCGACAAAAAGGCCCAGUCUUCGCAGCAGUCUUUAAUCCAUUAAGUACUGUAAUAGUCGCACUCGCGGACUUGCUCGUUUUGAGACAGAGUCUAUACAUGGGAAGCAUGGUUGGUGCGGUUUUGAUCAUCUUGGGCUUAUACAUGGUUCUAUGGGGAAAGAACAGGGAAGAUAAGAAGCAGACAUUCAAGGAUGAAGAAUUUUGCCAAGGCACCAGCUCAAAUCCAUCAAACACAAAUCAAGAUACAAGACAUGUGGUUAAAGAACAAGAAGCUGUGUGAUGACAUUCUCGAGAUCAAAAUGAGAUUCUUACCAAUAUUGUUUUUUUUUUUU